AUGACAGCGAAUCUGAAGCGAGGAGCGAGUACAGAGAAUGAUAAGAAGCCAAAGAAAGCUAAACAGAAUAUUGGAUCAGAUUCUGAGUCUGAAUUGAGUGACGUGCCUGAUGAGCCACAACAACCACCACAAGUAGAACAAGUUACUCAAGUCAAACAAGAAUCGCCUUCAAAUCUCAAACACGCAUCAGAUGUCACUCCCAAAGUAGAAAAUACAAAUGGCUUGGAAAAUUCAAGUGAUUUGGUUAAUCUGAAGGAAAUAGAGAAUAACAAGGUUAGCAAUGAUCAAGACUUGAAUACUUCGACUGUCUCCCCUAAGAAAUCAUCCAAAUCAAACAAACCAUCAGAAGACAGCGACUUUGAUGAAAAACCAAAGGCUAGAAGUUCACGCAGAUCAGCCAGCGCCAAGAAGGAGAAGAAGGAAAAUGUCACCGAUGAUGAGAAGAAAACACCCAAGAAAACACCAAAGAAUUCUUCCCAACCACCCAAUCAAACACCGAAUGGUGACGUUAAAGACGAAGGCGAUGACGAGGAUGAUUACAAGUGGUGGGCUGAACAAGGCGGUUUCGGUGAUGGUACUGAGAGAUGGUCUACUCUAGAACACAACGGCGUAUUCUUCCCACCUGAAUACAUACCCCUGCCUAAACAAGUCAAAAUGAAAUAUGAUGGAAAAUUAGUUGAACUGUCAAACGAGGCUGAAGAAGUUGCUGGUUUCUAUGCUGCCGUCUUGGGGUCUGAUCACGCUGCUGAUGAGACAUUCAACAAGAACUUUUUUCAAGACUUUCAGUCGGUUUUGAGGGAUCAUCCUCCACUCGACGGUACAAAGAUUAAAGAUUUCGAAAAAUGUGACUUCUCCCCUAUCAGAGAACAUCUCGACAUCGAGAAAGAAAAGAAGAAGGCAAUGACUAAAGACGAAAAGAAGCACGCCAAAGAGCAGCGUGAUGAGAUUGAAAACCCUUUUACUCACUGUCUCCUCGACGGUCGUAAAGAGAAAGUCGGUAACUUUCGCAUAGAACCUCCUUCUCUGUUUAGAGGUCGCGGUGCUCAUCCUAAAAAAGGUAAACUCAAGCUACGUAUAAGGCCAGAGCAAAUCACUAUCAAUAUCGGAAAAGACGCUAAGAUACCAGAUGCUCCACCAGGCACCAAUUGGGGUAGUGUCCAGCACGAUAACACAGUCACCUGGUUGGCUACCUGGAAGGAAAACAUCAACGGUGCUUACAAGUAUGUCUACCUCGCUCCAGGUAGUACUUUAAAAGGUCAGAGUGAUAUGAGUAAAUUUGAAAAGUCUAGGGAGUUGAAGCACUACAUCGGCAACGUCCGUGAAAGCUAUGAAGCUGAUUUACAAAAUAAAGUCAUGUUUGAUAGACAGAGAGCCACAGCGGCAUACCUUGUCGACAGACUUGCUUUGCGUGCUGGUAAUGAGAAGGGAGAAGAUGAAGCUGAUACAGUUGGAUGUUGUUCGUUAAGAUGCGAGCAUGUCAUGCUACGACCACCUAACCUAGUCACCUUUGAUUUCCUGGGUAAAGAUAGUGUGAGGUUUUACCAAGAGGACAUUAAAGUCGACCCUCAAGUAUUUAAGAAUCUACGCAUAUUUAAAAAGGAGCCGAAAGGACCACAAGAUCCAAUUUUCGACAGAAUUCAUACUACAGUACUCAACAACUACUUCCGCGGGUUCAUGAAGGGGUUGAGUGCCAAGGUGUUCCGUACAUAUAACGCGUCUAUCACGUUCCAGGAGGAACUCAAACAGACUCCUAAUGAGGGCACCGUGGCUGAGAAGCUGCUGUCAUUCAACAGAGCUAAUAGGAACGUGGCCAUUCUGUGUAAUCACCAGAAAAAUGUGUCCAAGAGCCAUGAUGCAACGAUGGAUAAGAUGGGCGAUAGACUCAAGGCAUUAAAAUACCAACGCAGGAAGCUGCGUCAGAUGCUUGCGCAGGUGGCGGACGAUAAAAAGGUUUACAAGGACCACCCUAGUUUCAAAGACGAGGAAUCAGAUCUAGAGGAUGAGUGGAUGGAUGCGCAUGAGGAGAACGAGCGUGAUAAGGAGGUGGAAAGGCAGAAGAAGAAGUUUGAGAGGGAUAAUGAGAAGUUGCGCAAUGAAGAUCAGAAGGAGAUGAAGCCGGAGGAUUUGGGGGAGAGGUUGCAGGAGGUGGAGGAAAAGUGGAAGACAGUCACCAAGGAACGCAGAGCUGGGAAACCAGAUGUCGGGAAAAAGAAUCAGACACAACUCACAACUGCAAUGCAAAAGAUGGAGGAUCGUCUCGAGGCAUUCAGAGUAAAUGCAUCGAACAAGGAUGAAGUUAAGGAUGUUUCGUUGGGAACGAGUAAGAUUAACUACAUAGAUCCACGCAUAACUGUGGCAUGGUGUAAGGCAUAUGAGGUGCCUGUUGAGAAGGUAUUUGCAAAGACACUGCUUACUAAGUUUACAUGGGCCAUGGAGACGAGUCCUGAUUGGAAAUUUUAA